AUGAGCCCAAAUACGUUGGCUCCUAAUGACAUCCUCACGGAUGACAAUUACUUCAUGUGGGAAUUUAAUGCACGCAUGACACUUGCGCGCAAGGAUCUUUUGGAUCACGUUUUUAUUAAGCCAGAGCCGGCAGUGCUGCGGGAGAUCCCCGGAUGGAAAGUCGCCGAUAUGAAGGCUCUGGCUGUACUGGUGAAGCUACUCUCUCCAACCUAUCAGUGCAUGGUUCGGGAAUGUGAGUCUGCGUUUGAAGCUUGGGAGGUUCUGAAGACGUUCUUUGCGAAGAAAAAUCUUCACAACCGAGUGCAACUUCGGAAAGAAUUACAUGAAUUUGUGAUGGAGACUGGUGCGAGUCUUAUGGACCAUCUACUAAAAUUUGAUGAGCUGUGUCUCAAGCUCGGAGCUGCCGGUGACAGCAUGGAUGAUGAUGAAAAGCUAGUUUUGCUUUUGGGAAGUUUAUCAUCCGAAUAUGAUGAUAUGGUGCGCAUCAUUGAGGCGCACAGCAACGUGACGCUGUUAGACGCAAAAGAGAUGCUCCGCCGGGAGUAUGACACUCUUCAGAAGCGAGACAAGAAGGAAACCGCUUUUAAGGCACACGCUCAACGUAAUGAACCUCGACGCUUUCAAAGUAACCGAGGACACCGUGGUCAAGAAGAAAAUCGAGAUCGCUAG